AUGUCUCCCUCAUUGUCACCAACAGUGGAAGAGGAAAACAUAGUGAGGCAGCUGAAAAACGAAGGAGACACAGGGGAUGUUGGGGAUGCACUAGGUGAAAUUGAAACUGAUAAAGCAGUGGCUACCAUGGAGUCAAAUGAUGAUGGCAUAUUAGAUGAAGUCAUGACACAGGAAGGCAGUGAAAGCAUGAGUUUGGGUACACCAACUGGCUUGCUGGUAGAGGAGGGGCAGGGCUGGAAGCAAGUAGAAAUACCAAGUCACAGUGGUAAGGCACCCUCAUUGUCUGGACCACUGGCUACAACUCCUGUCCCGAUCCCAUCACCUUCGGUAGCCUCGCUACAUAAAGCAGAGCAACAUCCUGAAAAACUGCAGUUUCACUUAAGUCCUGCUGCCCACGAUAGUUUGGAGUCCUAUGGACUUGAUGCAAGCAGUUGUACGCCCUCAGAUCCUCGAGCGAUUUUCUCUAAAGAUGCCCUUUCACUUUUAGAGCAGAAACCGAAAAGAAAACUCUUGGAAGAAAAACCAGGGGUUUCCUCUCUUCCUUCACAACAAGUUGAAGUGCCUUUAAUGCCAUCACCUGAUGGAAAACCAGUUUCUGCUGUGCAUUCUCCAGCUCCACCAGUUUCUGUGCCAGGUCUGCCUCCUUCCACGGGCACAUUCACUGAGGUCCCUACUAGCAACAUUAGAAGAGUUAUUGCCAAGGGAUUAACAGAAUCAAAAACUACUGUCCCUCAUGCAUAUGCAACUGCUGAAUGUGGCCUUGGUGCAGUUCUGAAGCUAAGGCAGAAGCUGGCAAAAGAGGAUGAUUUGAGUUUCUUUGAGAAUGAGCAAACGUUUUUGAAUGUUUUGAGCAAAGAAACAGUACAGUCGGAGGAGGGAAGCUAGGUAGCCCCCCUCCCUUUUAAAGACACUUACCCUCAAAGGCCUAGCAAAGAGAAUUUAGUCUUUGAAUCCAGCAAGAAGAGUUUCUUUAAAGGAUGUUCCAGCUGAACUCGCACCCAGAGCCACCUGCGGGCUCUUUACAUCUAAAGCAGCCAUUGCAGCAGUUGAACAUCAUAGAGUCAAGCUCGAGCAAGAAGCUCAUGUAGAUUUUGCUAUGGCCAAGUCCAAAGUGGCCCCUGUGCAAACACCACCUAGAUUGGAGCUGCAUGCAACCCUGCUCGCAGCUCAGCUGCUGGUUCCUGCAAUGCUCCAGCCUGCCAACUCUCCAUCCCGGAAAGACAUUGUCGUGCCUGUUCCAAAGGGUGAUUACAUCAGCCAGAGGAAGCGGGUGCGAGAUCUGGCCUGCGAGUUCUGGAGGCCCUGGAGGGCCGAAUACCUGGGUCAUCUUCGGAGGGAAGGUUUGGUACCACUCCCGGGAGGACAUCUAGGUGGAGUGCAGUUUCGUUUUAAGGGACCAAAGUGCUUCCAAGAACUCUUGGAGUAUGGGUGUUACCCAAGAAGACUUUUUGAGUGUGGAUGACCACAUCCAGAAGGCUGCAGGAUGUCCUACAAAUACAAAGUUUUUGCAGUUUAAUAAACCUUUUCCAUGUUUUUAUGAUAGAACCAAUUAGGAAAUGGCAUUUAUAGCCCAGGAACAAAAAUUGUAUUACUGUACAUAGUGUUAGUAGGAGUCUACAAUGCCAUAUAAUCCAGUUCAAAGCAAAACAUCUGGAUUCUGUGGCAGUGUAGAUGAGGCCUGAAAGGUUCCUACUUGUCUCCGUAAGGAAUAGAAGACCCUUCCUAACUAUUCCUCCCAUGAAGCAAAGUCUUAUAAAAGGGACCCCAGCCGCCGCCUCCUCCUCCUCCU